CGGCGGGGCGGGGGGUGAGCAAGGUGCCGGUGGCUGCUUGGGCCCGCAGGUCGCUGAGCCCCCGAGGGAGGGGGUUCCUGAAGACCGGGCCGGCCUCGGUUUACCCGCUGCUGGACCAGCGAGCGCGUUCGCCCGGGCGCACCCCCAGCAACGCCCCGGAAAGGCCGUUCCGCCCCGCGAGGGAAACAGAGCCGUUGACCAUGGUUGCAACUGGCAGUUUGAGCAGUAAGAACCCGGCCAGCAUUUCAGAGUUGCUGGACCAUGGCUUCCACCCGGGAAGCCUACUAAAUGAUUUUGACUACUGGGAUUAUGUUGUUCCUGAGCCCAACCUCAAUGAGGUGGUAUUUGAGGAGACAACUUGCCAGAGUUUGGUUAAAAUGCUGGAGAAUUGUCUGUCCAAAUCUAAGCACACCAAACUUGGCUGCUCCAGAGUCCUUGUUCCUGAGAAACUGACCCAGAGGAUUGCUCAAGACGUCCUGAGACUUUCCUCCACAGAGCCCUGCGGUCUGCGGGGCUGUGUUAUGCACGUGAACUUGGAAAUUGAAAAUGUAUGUAAAAAGCUGGAUAGGAUUGUGUGUGAUUCGAGCGUGGUGCCCACCUUUGAGCUCACCCUUGUGUUUAAGCAGGAGACCUGCUCAUGGACGAGCUUCAGGGAUUUUUUCUUUAGCCGAGGUCGCUUCUCCUCUGGCCUCAGGCGAACUCUGAUCCUGAGCUCAGGAUUCCGACUUGUUAAGAAAAAGCUUUACUCCUUGAUUGGCACAACAGUCAUUGAAGAGUGCUAAAAGGGAAGCACUUGAAAGAGUCCUUUUUAUGAUUGGAUAAUAAAAACUUCACAGCCGCCCAAAGUCAUUGUAGUUUGCCUUGCCUGCUCUCCGCAAGGCACACCAAACUGAAUUCAUCUUCCUGUGUUUCAUAUUCACAGCUACCCCAACUGAAGGGCUUAUUUGGGGCUAUUGAGAAAUGACCAGCGAGAGAGUACAUUGUCUGCAUUUACCACAGUUUUUAUAAAAUGGAAUGGGAUAGCAUAAGGAAAGAAAAGCAGCAGUACACGUUUAGUUUUUUUAUUUCACUCCACAAGUUUUCCAGGUAGUAUUGCUAAAAGACUGUAGAAACCCACUUUGCCUAGUUUGAUUUUUAUAUGGCUUUUUUUCUAUAAGUUUUCAGUGUGAUCCUCUCAAUCACAGAAUCUUAAAUGAAUGCUGUUUAGCCCAUUGAAAUUUCCAAAAGCUCAUACUACCCAUUUCCUGCCCCUACUCAAAUUUGAGGAGUUCUUAUACGGGAGGAUAGAAUUAAUUAAGUGGGUGAGCUUAAUUAGAUCCUAACCUCAUGCAAAAGUGAAUACGGAAUCUUGCAUUGAGAACAGAGUUACAAACUUCUAUUGCUUUGCAUCCUCUCCAUUCUUCUGUUUCAAAGAGGUGGCAAAAACUUGAGCUACCAUUUCAGUAACCACAGUAUUGUUUUAAAUAAUAUGGUACAAUACAGGAUCAGUUUUUCUAGUUUAUAAGUAUUUAAUUUUAUCUUUAAACUAGAAAAAUGGAAAAUGCUGGGUUUUUUGCAUGUAGUUGAUUACUCUUCUAUUGAGUGAAUGGUGAGUGUAUACAAGGAUAAGUGAGUUCGGGUUCCUUUCUUAUUCACUUGAUAAUCUAGCUUCAUUUUACUUUUACAUAUACUUAAUCUCAGAUAUCACUGUCUCACCAUAUCAUCUCAUCCUUGACCUUUCCUGGGAUCUGAAGGAAACUUCCUUAACCUGAAAAUUCAAAGAUAGCUGCACACCACCACUUUUAAUUUUUAAGAUAGGCCUAUUUACAAGGUCUCCUUUGGCUAUGGAUAUCUGGUCUAUGGGCUUCCCAGGUGGUACUAGUGGUAAAGAACCCACCUGCCAAUGCAUAAGACAUAAAAGACUUGAGUUUGAUCCCUGGAUUGGGAAGAUCCCCUGGAGGAGGGCAUGGCAACCCACUCCAGUAUUCUUGCCUGGAGAAUCCCAUGGACAGAAGAGCCUGGCAGCCUACAGUUCAUGGGGUCACACAGAAUUGGACAUGACGGAAGUGACUUAAUGCACACACACAUCUGGUUUAUAGUAUAGACUAGAGUAUGAAAAUUGUGAUCUAGAUAACCAGUACAUGCACACCCAGAUUUCUUCAUCCUUGGACACCUGUCCCUAGGGAACAAUAAAGGCCUUUAUUUUUUUCUCUUGUUCCAACUAGCUAGAUCUUUAUCUUUUGAUGUUAAGGGGAAAGCAUAGCCUCCACUUUAUAAUGUUCGUUCAGGAAGGCCUUCACAUCCUUGCUGUCGGUCAUGGAUAAGGAGCUUAUUUAGGUCUCCUGCCCAAGCUAUUGGCAGGACUUUACAUACCUGAGGCCAGCAUUGUAGGGACCAUGGCUUCAUCCUAGUGUAAUUCAAAAGCAGGUGUGAUCCUGUUUCUAAUCCCAUAAAUGAUCUAAAAUUUCACUAUUCAAAUCAGCAAGUGUUCUAUCAAAUGGAACUCUUCAAGUGCUUGGAAAGAUACCGCAAAGCCAAUCUUACCAGACUGGGCCAAGAUCAGUUGAGUUGGUAUUGCAUGUCUAUUAUUGCCUAGGGCUCUGAAGGUCAUUGUGAUUCUGUGGGUGAGGAAUCUGGCCUGCAUGUAGAAUUGUUGUCCUUUUCCCACUAACAGUUGUCUUUGACUCUUGUCUUUUAUACUCACAAAAUAGUGAUGGCUUUAUAGAGACCCUUAAAUUAAUAUUCCUGUUAAAGGAAAUUAAGUUUGUCAAUUUUGACAAUAAA